ACCAACUUCUUGUAGAAGUAACACGUAUAUACAGAUUUCAUUAAAAAAUAUUUUAUUUUAUCAACAAGGAAAACGCUAUAAUUGCAACUAAGCUAAGUGUAAGAUAAACGUUUUAUUAUAAUUGUUUCAAUUGUGGUACAAUUAAAAGAUAAAAGUAAAUUAGUGGGAAAAUAAUAAUUAUAAAAACAAAACAAGUUAUGUGAAGACCAAGUAUCGUGUAUGAGGAAAAUAAGAACAAAUAAAGAUAAAACAAUAAAAUGGGAGACACCACCAUGUUCAGGUUGGCAGCAUUGCUGGUGGUGUUAAGUGCGUGCGCUCUCAGCGAUGACUCAAACAUAACUCAACAAUUUGACAGCAUCUACUUAGAAAGCGACAGCAACAAAGUGACAAACUCAAGUUUGGAGUGCGAGGGCGUGGAGAACAGUGUACCCGACUGCUCAGAUUGCUAUUCCUGCGAGGAUCCAAAAGUGGUCGAGCACAUAAAUCGGGGCCGCAAUAUCACAGAGCUAAAGCUGAACGACCUAAACUGCGAAAACAGCAAAACCAUAUGCUGCGUGUCACAGAGUCAAUAUGAUUUUCGGGAGAAGAUGACCAUGGACCCACCAAGGUGCGGCAAGUCCAACCCGGAGGGCUACCCACGGGCGCUGAGGCCUAAACUCCGCUCCGUGCUGCUAGGAGAGUAUCCUUGGAGGGCGAGGAUAUACCAUUUCCAAGACCCAAAUACGCCCCUCUGCGCUGCCACGUUUAUCAACCGAGAGGGUAGGACAUUGAUGACUGCGGCAUCUUGUGUUGCUGGCCUGAACCCCAACUCGCUCAGGGUCCUCUUCGAAGAGGAUCCGAACAAUUACGAUCCCAUAAAUGUCCUAAAGGUUGAUGUGCACGAGUUUUAUGAUAGAGACAUCAACGUGAACAACAUAGCUCUGCUCAGCUUAGAGUCUGUGCCCGAUUGGGUUCGCCCUGCGUGCCUGCCCAUACGACGUGUGCUCCACGGCACCGCCUGUGUUGCCGUGUCAAGUGAAGAUUAUUUUAUCAACCAGGUAGUACCGCUGCAGAGGAAAUGCGAUGAAAACAACAAGCCACUGGACGGGUCGCUGAUGUGUGCGGCCUCGUACAAGGGGGACUACGCCCCCCAGUUCGGGGGAGGGAUGUUCUGCUUAGACGAGCAAUCGAAACACGAAGUGUACACGUUAUACGGCGUCUACCUGUACAGUGUCCGGGGCGGGAUGGCGGCCAUCAACACCAACGUCAACCACUUCGCGGAAUGGAUAGCAAAAAAGACGACAGAGCACCGCCGCAUGCACAGGAACUAUCAAUAAAACAUGUACAUGUACGAAUAGAAUAGAGAAACUUUAUUGCAACACAACACAAUAGGAAAAACACAAGGAAAACAACGCGAAUACGAAUACGCAAGUUAUGAUAUUAUAAUCUUAAGUGGGAUCUACACUCGCGGCCGUUCACGAGUGCAGAUGUUGUUCACGCCUUCGCGUUCGCGCCUUUCCCGAUCAGCGUCGGUUUUUUGAUCCGCGACAAAGGGUAUGCGGCGCGCGAGCGUGAACUCAUCUACACUCGCAUUUUCCCGCAGUAGCUGACAGGACACCGUAAGGAGUGGUUGUGCCGAUACGAUACUCUUCUUAAACCGAUACCCUGGCAGUCUUAACACAAAUACCAUAGAAAUUAGAAUAAAGUUAAUGAUGCCUGGACACGCAUAACAGCACAACGUCGUUGUAUAUAUCACAAUUUUAACUUUUAUUUGUUAAUUGUUAAUACUUCCAUAAUUUUAUUUCCACUAUAAUACCAAUUUUACAUACUAAAUAAAUUACUAUAACUACUCGUAGGAGCGUAAAUAUUGAAGUUAUACUUCUUUUGGCGCUUUAGAAGAAAAUGUUAAGAGUAAAUUCUUACGUUGCGCGCGCACACCGUCACAAAAAAACACCCUGAAGUUAGUUAUAAGGUUUGACAAAUAGAAUAUAAAAAUUUUCAUUUGUUUUGACUUCUUAUCAUCACAUCAACCCAAUACCGGCCCACUA